UUAUUUAUAUUAAUAGAAACAGCUUCCCCCCAAAAGUAACCGUAUCUUUCAAGACAGUUAUUUUGUUGAAUUAAGUGACCGUAUUACACAGGUAUGGUAAUGUUUUUAAAUACAUAUAUUAACGGUAAUUAAAAAACAGCACUAGCGUUCCCCAUUAAAAGUCCAAAAACUGUCGUUGUGUAGUCAAAACAUCUUUUGACUCAAUCUGACAUCUUAACGACUUGAGCCAAAUUUUUGUUGUGCACGUGAAGAAACAAUUGCAAAUGAUUCACGACCUUGCGUUAGAACAUCAGGAUACCGUUAGGGUAUGUGACUGUCUUGAGGGUCGCUCCCAGUGAUCUGAGACCCACCCCGCAAAGCCGAGGAGACGGGAGCCCGGGCUGCCCCGCACACGAGGGCUCGGCGAGCUCCGCCGCCCUGGCUGCAGCUGCGGUGUUGGGUUCUCGCGCGGUCAGGUGUCGCCGGGGACAGGCGCAGUUAUUUAUGACUGUGGGGUUGGGCUGGGAGUGCGUGGCGGAGGAGCAGCCGGGAUCCACCCCGCCCUGCAGGCUCUUCCCGGCCCGAGACCCCCCGGGCCCCCGCUGCGAGGCUGCCGGGAGGGCACCUCAGGCCCCAGGGUUGCAGGGGUCGUUCUCUCACAACCGCGAACCUCCGCGCACCGACUUCUCGCGAGGUUUCGGAGCCCCCUCCACCCCGCGCCGCCCCCUCCUAUCUCUGGUGCGGGCGGCUCCCGCUAUGGCUGCGCUGCGGAGGCUCUUGUGGCCGCCGCCGCGGCUCCCGCCUCCGCGCUCCGCUCACCAGCCCUUCCCCGGGCCGUGGGGGCGGCCUGCGGGGAUCGCCCCGGGCCCUCCCGGCCGGCCCUUCUCUCGCCGGGAGGAAGAAGAGGGGGCUGUGGCUCAGGCGGCGUGGAGGCGGCGGCGGCGCUGGGGGGAGCUGAGCAUCGCGGCGGCGGCCGGCGGGGGUCUGGUCGGCCUCGUGUGCUACCAGCUGUAUGGGGACGCCAAGGUCGACUCCGCGCGGGCGCCGGCCCCCGGGCGCCCCUUCGAGAGCGCGGCUCCUGAGCCGGAGGACCCACCCCGCGGCCGGGGUCUGCUUCCCAUCCCGGUCGCGGCUGCCAAGGAAACGGUUGCUAUUGGCAAAACAGACAUUGAAGACUUAGACCUGUAUGCUACAUCUCGGGAAAGGCGAUUUCGUUUGUUUGCUUCUAUAGAAUGUGAAGGGCAAUUAUUCAUGACUCCAUAUGAUUUUAUUUUGGCUGUUACAACAGAUGAGCCCAAAUUUACUAAAAUGUGGAAGUCACUUUCCAAACAGGAAUUAAAUCAAAUGCUCUCAGGAACACCACCAGUUUGGAAAGGAUCAUCAAAGUUAUUUCGUAAUCUCAAAGAAAGAGGUGUGAUUUCUUACACAGAAUAUCUUUUCCUUUUAUGUAUUUUAACAAAGCCACAUGCAGGUUUUAGAAUAGCUUUCAACAUGUUUGACACUGAUGGCAAUGAGAUGGUGGAUAAAAAGGAGUUUCUGGUGCUUCAAGAGAUAUUCAGGAAAAAAAAUGAAAAGAGAGAAACUAAAGGUGAUGAAGAAAAGCGUGCAAUGCUGCGUCUUCAACUUUAUGGAUACCAUUCUCCUACUAAUAGUGUACUUAAAACAGAAGCUGAGGAACAUGUCUCCAGAAGCUAUUGGGACACACUGAGACGUAAUACAAGCCAAGCACUCUUUUCAGACCUCGCAGAGCGUGCUGAUGACAUUGCAAGUUUAGUAAUAGAUACUACACUUCUUGUACACUUUUUUGGAAAGAAAGGAAAAGCUGAGCUCAACUUUGAAGAUUUUUACAGAUUCAUGGAUAACCUCCAAACAGAAGUUCUAGAAAUAGAAUUCCUUUCCUACUCUAAUGGGAUGAACACUAUCAGUGAAGAAGAUUUUGCUCAUAUUCUUUUACGAUAUACAAAUGUAGAAAAUACAUCAGUAUUUCUGGAAAAUGUGCGUUACAGUAUAGCUGAGGAAAAGGGCAUCACAUUUGAUGAAUUCAGGUCAUUUUUCCAGUUUUUGAACAACCUAGAAGACUUUGCAAUAGCCUUGAAUAUGUAUAACUUUGCAAGUCGUUCUAUUGGGCAAGAUGAAUUUAAGCGUGCUGUCUAUGUAGCUACUGGCCUCAAACUUUCACCACAUUUAGUGAACACAGUCUUCAAGAUUUUUGAUGUUGACAAAGAUGAUCAAUUAAGUUAUAAAGAAUUUAUUGGAAUUAUGAAAGACAGACUGCAUAGAGGAUUCCGGGGUUAUAAAACAGUUCAGAAGUAUCCCACUUUCAAAUCCUGUCUGAAGAAGGAACUUCAUAGCAGAUAAGUAUGUUAGCUUCACUGUCUAAAUUUGUUCAGUAACCAUAAAGGAAGGGUCAUAAUUUAUUUUUUUAUG